AUGACCUGCAGCCCGGCUGAUGCCAUUCUGCUGCUGCUGCUGCCCGGAGCUGCUCUGGCACAGCUGCGGAUCCGGCAGAGCCCAGCAGAGCUUUGGGUCCGCCCUGGGCGCACAGCAGAGCUGAACUGCAGCACCGAUAGUGGCUGGAAUGCGAGUCGGCACCGGGCUGUGAAUUGGUACCGGGAGCAGCCGGGCAGCAGAUUGCAAUUCAUCUACCAGAGCUCAAAUUCCCCACGUUCAGAUGGAAAAUACUCCGGGAUGAGGAGAGCAGACGGGUUGUUUUCCCUCCACAUCAGCUCUGCGCAGAAGGAGGACUCCGGCUUUUAUUACUGCGCUUCCACCACUCAUCCCUCUGAGUUUGGGGACGGCACCAGGUUGGUGGUGACAGAUGCCACGGAACCCACCCUCUCCAUCCUGCUGCCCGUGGAUGCGGAUCUGCGUGAGCCACCCUUGGCUGCCAUCCCUCUGCUCUGCCACCUUUACGAUGUCCCCGAGGGUUGGGACGCGGUUGGCUGGCAGCACAGCAACGGCAGCUUGGUGACGGCCGCCUCCAUGGAUGAACGUGGCGUCCUCAGCGCCUGGAGCCUCGCCUGGCUCACAGCGGAGCGGUGGGGCGGCGCCGUGGGGUGCACAGCCACGCAGAGCAGCACAGGCAGGAGCAUCAGCGUGACCACCAGCCCACCCAGCAGCACAGCGCAGUGCCUGCAGUGGCUGCCGGCGGUUCUGCUGCCCUCAGUUCUCACCAUCACCGUCCGGCUGAUGCUGCAGCUCUGCAAAAAGCCCCACGUUGGGGGUCCCGGAGCCCCACAGCCCCCCCAGCAGCGCAGACCCCCUUUGCCACCCCAUAGAGCUGCAGGACGGAGCCAGGAG